CGUCCUGCUAAUGACGUCAUCUUUAACAGACAUGCAGUUUUUAUUUCCAGAUACAGGAGGAGGAGGCAACAAGAGGGCAAACAUAGGGCAACAAGAGGGCAAACAGGGCAACAAGAGGCCAACAAAAGGGGAACAAGAGGGCAAAGACAGGGCAACAAGAGGGCAACAAGAGGGCAACAACAGGGUAACAAGAGGGCAACAAGAGGGCAAACAGGGCAACAAGAGGCCAACAAAAGGGGAACAAGAGGGCAAAGACAGGGCAACAAGAGGGCAACGAGUGGGCAAUAAGAGGGUAACAAGAGGGCAACAACAAGGUAACAAGAGGGCAACAAGAGGGCAAACACAGGGCAACAAGAGGGCAACGAGUGGGCAAUAAGAGGGCGAGUGGGCAACAAGAGGGUAACAAGACGUCAACAAGUGGGUAACAAGAGGGCAACAAGUGGGUAACAAGAGGGCAACAAAAAGACAGCAAAUGGAAAGUGUUGAAGUGACAGAUCCAGUGGACACAAACCAUUAGAAUUAGCAGGCCAGGAGCUGCUAAGUGGUUGGUUGGUUGGUUGGUUGGUUGGUUGACUGGUUAGCAGGUGGUUGGUUGUCUUGUUUGUGUUGUUUCAUUGUCUUCAUGGUGGUUGUUUCUCCUCAUCCUGUAGAUGUUUAACUGCUUCCAUGUCUCCAGCCUCUCCAGAUGUUUUCUCCUGCUGGUGUUCUGACGCCUCAGACUGACUACAGUGUCUGAGGUGAAUAACGCUGAUGAAGAAUGAGAAGAACCUCAAAUACCUCCUCAGCGUGUUCUGGAGAACCUUGAGGUCUGCAGAAAGCUCUCAGGCGAGUCCAUAUUGUGUGAUUCUAGUAGGGAAAGCUGCUUCCAUCCUCCAGAACUACAGCAGCAUGUGUUCAGUCCGACUGAGGAGAUGCUGGACUGGAUGAUCUUCACAGGCAGGUGGAGAGUCCAGGAUGUUCUGCUGAACUUCCUCCAUCAGGUCUCUUGGUGGCGUCAGAGCUAAAAUCUGAUCAUGUAGACGAUCAGACAGAAAAACGACUCGAGGAAACAUAAAGAGGAACCAACAGAUGUCACGCUGUAACUUUCUGUCUCCUGGUGUUUGUUUGAUGAGGAAACUUUGAAUAAAUGAGACGUUCUGGAAGGCAGCAGAAGUUUGUGUUUCUGAUCCAGAGUUUGAUGGGAUCAGAUGAAUCAGAACAUCUGGAGGAUUCAGCCUCAGCUGGCUUUAACCAGUGGAGGUUUAUGGAGAAACAUCUGAUUAACCAGCAGCAGGAGGCUAAAAAUAUCAGGCUGGAUGGAAAAGGGAAGUCUGAGCAUUGAGUCAGCAUUUGUCCAUUUGUCCAUCUGAUUCACUGUCUGUCCGUCUGAUUCGUCGUCUGUCCGUCCAUCCAUCAGCAGGAGACACACCAACAUGCUGCUGCUCCAUGCCUUCACCUGCCUCUGCCUCCUCUCAGGUGUGUUUGCGGUUACCACGGAGACGGUCGUGGGCGUGGCAGGGCAGACGGUGAUGCUGCCAUGUCGCUCUGAGGCAGCCAAUCAGAAAGGAGUGGAGGUGUGCUGGGGGCGGGGUGAGCCGUCACUGUUCAAUUGCCACAAUGCUGUGAUUGGCAGCAGCGGGCAGCGAAUCACGUACAGGAAGUCGUACAGGUUCUCGCUGUUGUCCUUGUCCUCCCUGACCAUCUCCAGCUCUCAGCCCUCUGAUGCUGGUUUCUACCACUGCAGACUGCAGCUGCCGGGACUCUUCAAUGACCAGACGUCCUCCGUCCACCUGAUCAUCAUUGACUCUCGUCCAGUCUUCUCCUCAGAACCAUCCAAGCGCUCAGAUGACGAGGGGAACCUGAACGCACCACAGACGACAACAGAUUACAUCACAGAGGGCAGUGAUGUCACAGGAGGUGCCACCACAGAGCCAAUGAUGGCUGUCGUUCAGCCCAUCCAGCAGCAGGAACAUGUAAACACUCUGCAGAUGUUUGUUGGAAACACAGUGAGAACUUCCUUCAUCGUCUUCAUCCCCGCUCUGCUUCUGGCUGCUGCCUACAGAGUCUGGAGGCUGAAGCAGAGCUGGGAGACGGACAGGAGGAUGGACCAAUCAGAGGAGGGCAGCAGCUCUGCGUGAACAUCAGUUCAUCUCUAAACACUUUUAACCUUCAAGUUCUGUCAUUUUCAUGCAUCAGAUCCUUGAAUUCAUUCAAAGAAAAGUUCAGACUGCAGGUAAACAUCCUUGACUUGCUGAUUUAAACACACCAGCAGUGAAUCCAGAAGAUCUGAGAAACUCUCCUGGUAAACUUCUGAACGCUGAUGGAGGCUCUGAAAGUCUUCAGUUCAUCCAGAAUCAGAGAAAAUCCCACAAACAGAACUGCUGGAGAUGAUCUGAUUCAUGUGUUCCUGGUGGAACAAACAGUUUCUGAUGUUUAAAACCCUGAGAGGUUCCAGCAGCACAGUUUUAAUCUGAAUGACAGAACGUCACAGAAGGCUUCCAAUGAAGGUUUUUACUUCUCAUGUUGGUUCAUGGAGGACAAAGUUCUUCUUUGUGUGUUUGCUUUGCCAGAAAAUUAAACUGUUUCUAUCCAUCUAUCUCUAAAAUCACUUCACAAAUAAAAUGAUUCAUAUCUCAAAUUAUAUUUUCUGAA